AUGUCCAAAGCAGACCAACCGGGCUCGUCUGGCAACGCUAGGAAUCGGGAAGCGGAGACCGAGGAGUCUCGCUCCACACUGGUGGCAGCCCCCGCUGACCUACCCCCUUUCAAGGAAGAUAUGAAUUUCGAAGAGUGGCCCCUAACUGCCAAAUUUAACCUUCCUCUCUAUCCCCAUUGUCAAAGAAUACCUCUUAUCCUUCGUGCCCUCCCGCAUGAUUUAUUCGUGGCCGCAGUCGGAGCUGGCAUUACCCACGACAGGGACGUUGACCAAUGCUGCGAUACAUUGGCUCAACUAGUCAUCGAUCGUGAGGAGGGAACCCUGGCUAGGGACUUCUUUCAGCGUUUUCAAAAAGCUGAUGAGGCCGACGAAGAGUACGCCAGGAACCUCCAACUCCUGGCGGAACCUCGCAACCAAGAAGCGGCAGGAACUCCGGGGGCUCCCGACUUCCCGGAAACCGCGAAACUGGUCAAAUGCAGCAUUCUCGUACCGUGCUUCCCCGCGCUAUACUCCUAG